UUGUACCAAUUAUCUAAAAUUUCAAUUGAUUCAUCAACUGCAGACGAGUCAUCUGAGAAGAUUGAUGUUUGGCUUUCGUCCAAAAUUCAACAAUCAUUGCUCUGUGAUGAUAUGCCAAUUAACAACUUGAUUAAUGAGGGAAAUGCUCUGCUAAGUUCUUAUAUAGCUUCAACUGAACUUUCUUCUGUUUUAUUCAUCCUAAUAAGGAAAAUUAUUCACGAGCCCAUUGAAGUUGAAGUUGAAAAGGCAGAAGCGAUCGUUGAGGUCAAAGAAGAAAUCAAACCAGCAAUCAAAGUUCAUCAAGGCUUAGAAGAGAAGAUUAAGGCCAAAAAAGCUUCCCAAAAACAAAAAAAAGAAACAAAGGGAAUUUCAAUACCAAAGUUUUCAACUAAGAAGAAGAAGAAAGUUAUUAAAAAGAAAGUCGUCAAAGAGGUUGUUCCCGUUCCAGAGACUGAAUUAGUAUUAGAAUGGCAAACACAACAACAUAUUCCUGCAACUGACCAAUUCAUAGCCAUCAUACCCAAGCUAGUGAAUAACUUAGAAUUAUCCUUUGAUGAACGAUUUCAUUUUAUUCACAUGGGAGCCAAUAGACUCUUUCGAAACUCUCUACUGACAGCUGGGGAGAUUCUUGGAGAUGAAUUCUCUUUUGAAAUGAAAAUUACAAUUUUACUGAAUUUCGUAGGCGUUCAGGAGAGUCGAAUACCGGAUUAUCUGAAAAUGGAGAGGUUUAUAAUCAUGUGUAUCUGUUCGUUCUACUGUGUUGAUUCACCUCAAACCUUAUCAGACGGAGAUCCUUCAAUUUGCCUUCUCUUAACAGAAGCUAUUUAUAAUUAUUGUUCAACUAAGGUUGAUAAAAAUUGUUUAUUUCUUCAAUUGUCUUUCUUUGACUUAGAAAUAGGAACCUUCCAAUCUGACAUGAAGAGCUGUGCUUUUCGUCUUCUUCGAGCUGUCAAGCAAUUAACAAUCCUAUUUGACAUAUAUGGAUAUAAAAUAAAAGAAUGGAUCAAGAAAAUCUUUAUUUUCACAACAGAUGUUUAUUCUACGGCCAUCGCUCAGUAUAUAACUCAUGAGGCUGACUGUAUAUUUGAGAACAACUCGUCUUUUGAUAUUGUAAUUCAUCAUUUCCUUCCAUAUAUAGAAAGCUGCAAAGAGUUCAAUAAGAAACUGUUCGAUUGUAAGGAAGAUCUUGAAACAACUGAUAAGAUUCUUCAAGCUUAUAAGUUGAUUGUGAAGUUGGAGCAAGUUCUUCAGAAAAUGCUUGUCAAAACCAAUCAUAUCUUGGAUUUGGAAUCAGAAUUGUCUGUAGAGGAGCAUCGAAUAGAAGCCAAACGAAAACUUUUUAAUCAAAUAAUCAAAUUUUUAGAAGAAAAUUGUCUUCAAUCUGCCGUCGAAAGUGCAAACCUGGAUACAUUAAAAAUUAUUUUGGUUUCUCUGAAUGUGUAUAACAAGGAGUUAAAUAAAAUUAUUUAUAAUUAA